AUGGCAGCGCCCCACAGCAGCCCCCCUAACCCGCUCUCGGCCCUGGCCCCUCCAGACUGGCAGCAGGAGGGCUCCAGCAGCGGGGACUCUUGGUCCCCCCAGGGAGGGGCACUGCCCACGGGCAUCAUCCAGCCCACCGCAUCCUACAGCUCUUGGGGCUGGCAUCUAAACCACAACACCAGCCUGGCACACACUGUGACACCACCCAGUAAAAAGAGCCUCAUUCAUGCUGCAGCUACUGUCAGUCCUAACACUGUGAACUCUGUGAGAGUAAACCAAGACCCUGCAAUUAGCUCUGCCAGCCCCAGCCCAGUCAAGCAGGCCCACUCCCACAGCUCUAGUGCGCUUAACCCGGGCCACAGCUCCAGUUCUCUCAGUGCAGACCAGGGUCUCAUGCCCAACUCGGUCAGUGUAAAUCAAGCCCAUAGUUCAGAUAUUGUCAGUGUUAACCAGGGCAACAGCCCUCCUAGCCCUCCCAACUCUGGUGUCCCGCAUAGUGAGGUGGCUCCGACUGCAGUGGAAGGGGCUCCAGACUCAGGGUCUGCCCUAGCUCCUCCUGUGCCCAGCCCACUCACAGAGAGAGUGGAUACUCUGGGCCCGGAGCUUGGUGGUCUCCCGGCCCCUACAUACACGCAGGACCCCCAGGAGGGGAAUGUCGAGAAAACCACAGACCCUAGUCAGCAGGACUUCACCACUGAGCUGCAGCCUUCUUCCUUCUCCUCCUCCUCCUCUUCCUCAGUGGAUGCUGCUCUAGAUCAGACCCUCAGGGAGCAUGGUGAAGCCACGCCUGAGCUGUCCCCACCCCACGCCAUCACCCUACGGGAGGUGCAUCCCAUGGUCAUCGAAGUGCCCACCAUGGGGCUCAAAACCGAGGUGGGGCCUGCCUCUCCAGGAAAGAGCCCACCAGACAAGCCCCCCUCCCCGGCCCCCACCUCUCCAUCUCCCUCCUCCCUGACCCGUGCCAGUCUGGCCCCAAAUUCCAGCCCUGUCUCCAUCAAUGCUACCACAACCAAUGACACCACAGCCCAGGAGACUGGCAGCGGCGGGGGCCUCCCUCUCCCCCCUCAGGGUACAACAACAGACGAUGCCCCACCUUGGCCCACAAAGCCCAUUUGGCAAUGCCACUUUUCAUAACGGCAGUGUGGAGGGCAGCCCUAGCAAGGACCCCUCCUCCCAGUGGAACAACUCGCCCCCUACGGAACCCCCCUCCACGGCCAAUGGGAACUUUCUGAACCGCCUGGUCCCCGCCACCACCAGGGACCCCUGGGGUCCAGGCAACGGCUCUGGCCCCGCUCUGGACUCACCGCUGUCCCGCGCCACCAUCUGCCUGAGCAAGAUGGACAUCAUGUGGAUCGUGUUGGCUAUCAGUGUGCCUGUGACCUCAUGCUGUGAGUAUCAAAUAGCAACCUGAUGAAGGCUCUGAUGACAAGAGGUUAGAGAAAUUGUGUUUGAGUCAGUAGGAGGCUAACCAACACUUUUAGGCGGCUGAGAUCACUUUCAUACCAACCACCGUAUCCACUGAAACACUGUGAUACAUAAUGAAAGACCUGGAUUUAUGUAUUAGAGGUUGUAUCAUUUUAGAGGCUGUACUGACUUUGCCCCCCCCCCCCCCCCCCCCCCCCCCCCCCCCCCCCUCUCUCUCUCUCUCCCUUCCCCCUCUCCCUCCCACCCUCUCCCCCUCCAGCUGUCCUGCUGACUGUGUGCUGUAUGAGAAGGAAGAAGAAGUCUUCAAGCCAGGAGAACAACCUGAGCUACUGGAACAAUGCCAUCACCAUGGACUACUUCAACAGGCACGCUGUGGAGCUGCCUCGGGAGAUCACGUCCCUAGACAACGCUGAG